CAACCCAGCCGUCCCCAAUGAGCGGCGGGAGCGGGAAUAAAGCCCGCCUCCGGCGCCCCCGCCCUCCUCCCCGCCUGGGGUUUCCUCAGGCGAGCGCGGCUCCAUCCUGGAGGCAUCGCACGCAGCGCGGGUCCCCCGCUCUCAGUCCCCUGCGGGUCCAUGGGUCGCCGGGCGUUCCUUCCGUUUCUGCUGCGGGUGCUGGCCGCGCUAGGCGGCCUCGGGGGCUGCGGGGCCGAUGAAAUACAUUGUAACAUGACGAGGCAAGUUGCAUGUGGAGAGAGAUGCAUUCCUGUGGCCUGGCUGUGCAAUGGAGAGCGAGAGUGCCCUGAUGGGACAGAUGAGCAGUGUGAAGAAAUCUGUCGCGGACAUCCACGAGCCUGGCAGUGUGAUGAUGGGAAAUGUAUUUCUCUGAGCUGGCGCUGUGAUGGCGUUGGUGACUGCUUAGAUGGCUCCGAUGAGGUUAAUUGUGAGAUGGUGACAGCAUGUCCAGACCAAAAAAUCCAGUGUCCAGGAAAUUCUCAGUGUCGUGAUGCUUGGGAACUCUGUAAUGGCCCUAUGGACUGUGAAGACGAGUUUGACGACGCACACUGCCCCUGGCACCGUUGCCUGGCUGGGCAGUGGCAAUGCAAAAACAAGGUGUGUGUUACGGAGAGCUGGAAGUGCGAUGGCAGCAAUGAUUGCGGCGACUCCUCGGACGAGGAAGUCUGUGCUUCCUGUCCAGAAGGCAUGGUUAGAUGUGAUAAAGAGAAAUGCAUCCUAGAAUCCUUGAUGUGUGAUGGGGAAGCAGACUGUGCAGAUGGUACUGAUGAGCCCACUACAUGUGGUAAAAACUGCUCUCUGGCCAAUGGAGGCUGUGAGGGUCAGUGCAGUGACACAAACUGGGGUGUCCAGUGUUCGUGUGAAACUGGAUGGCAAUUGCAGCCAGAUGGUCAGAGCUGUGGAGAUGUAGAUGAGUGCUCUAUGGCAUACAGUCCUUGUGGCCAGCUAUGUCAUAAUACACCAGGCUCUUACUCUUGUGGGUGUGUUCAAGGUCACCAGCUCUACAAUGGAACUGACUGUCGAGUUACAGAUGAUGCUGUUAAAAUUCUUAUAGCAGCAGAUCGAGAGCUUGGCAUCCUGGAUCGAAGAACAGGCCUCUACAAGACUCUGAUACCUAUAAAAUCAAUGCCUACUUCUGUUGCAUAUGAUCUUGAGAGAAGCAUGUACUUUUGGGUAGAUGAAGUGUUAAAUGUGUUUGUCCUUGGAAAGCCGAGCUCUGUUUCUCUCUAUCCAGAACUUAGAACAGUGAACAGUGUCUCUUUGGACUGGUUCACGGGACAGUUGUAUUGGGCUAGCAGCUUUGCAAGGGUCAUCUGUGCUGGUUUAAGUGAUGGCAGAGGCUACGUCAAAAUCCUGGAAAAGGAUCUUGUGCCAGAGCAGCUAAUCGUGUUUCCUGCAAAAAAGUACUUGUAUUGGGUCAAUCGAGGUCAUAAAGGCAUGAGGACUAUUGAAACUGCAGGGAUGGAUGGCUCCGAUAGAAAGGUGCUUGUGGCUGUGAACAUGGAGGAACCUGUAGGACUGACACUUGACCACGUGACUGGCAGGCUCUACUGGAUCAGUAAAUACAAGCAGUCCAUAGAGAUGGUGAACGUGGAUGGCAGUGGGAGGUACACCUUUCUUGAGAUCUUCUUGGAAGAUGAAAAUCCAGUAGGGCUACAUGUGUUUGAGAACUCUUUCUUCUGGGCAAAUAAAAUACAGCUGUUUUAUGCUUCAGCCCACACCCCAAAGGAGAGAGUGGUGCUGCUAAAUGCUUCUAUAUCUGCUUUCUCAGUCCUGCACAAAUCCCAGCAGCCUAAGGGCAGAUACCCGGCGUGUGUUCCAGGUUCUUGUAGCCACUUAUGUCUCCUGUCCCCGAUCCUUCCCAAGGGCUAUAAGUGUGUUUGUCCAGAAGGGAUGUUUCUUUUACCUUCUGGUAUAUGUAGUGAGUUAAAACUAGUGUUUUCUUCUGGCAAACGUCUCUACUUGUUGAAAGUUGGUUUUAUGGGAACUGCGAUAGAGAGAACCCUAGUUCAAGAGCAUCGUAGGAACAUCUGUCUACUGGAUAUUGACUGGAAAAGAAACCUCAUCUACUGGGUGAAUGCCGAGGGACAUCUGUUCUGCUCAACUGGCUAUUCAGGAGAAAAGCAAAAGAUUUGGUUGGAGCAUACAGUCUGCUCAGCAAGUGUGGACAUAUCAACUGGGAACUUGUACUGGCUGCCCUGUGACAGAAGCGCUAUUCAGAAGACUAGAAUUACUGGCCCAGAGACACAUACCCUCUACAGAACGGACAGCAGUAUACGUCAUCUUCUUCUUGAUUGGCCGAAGAGGGUGCUCUACUGGGUAGAAAGUGGGAAGCACCUGCAAAGUAUGACCCUUGAUGGCAAAAACAAACAGGAAGUCUGGACAGGCACCUGGACGACAGACACCCACAUGGCUUUAGACCUUGGCUCAUCUAGCAUCCUCUGGACUACCAAAGGGUUAGGGUUGCAAAGUCUGAGUCUCCUGAAAAAUAGAACCUAUACUUUGAACAAGACCUGGAGUGAUGGCAUUGUAGCGGCCCACGAGCCCUACCUGGUGACUAUGAAUGGAGCCGGUGUUGUGCUGUGGAACAGAAGGAUACUGGAGCCCUUCUCCGUGUCAAAAGAACCAUACAUAAGGAAAAUCAUCAUCCUGGCAGAGAACCUGGAGGUUCCAGAUCCUGGGGUUGAAGGAGCAGCCACAACCUCCCCUCCUACUCUUCCCCCACCACCCCCUCUUCUUUGCACCCGAUCCUCUGUCCCCUGUCGGAAUGGGAAGGAAUGUAUUUCUCGGGAGUAUCUCUGCGAUGGCAGGCGCGACUGUCAGGAUGGCUCCGAUGAAGAGAACUGUUCCCAGUUCUGCAACAGACCAGGGGUCUUCCAGUGUCUGGACGGAAGCAAGUGCAUUGAGGAGAAAUACCAUUGUGAUGGGGCUCAGCAGUGCUUGGAUGGGUCUGACGAGUUGGACUGCUGGAAGCCCGUCGAAGAUUGUUCUCUGCGUUGUGACAACAAGACCCGCUGUAUCCCGAAGAGCUGGCUAUGUGAUGGCAACCCAGACUGUUCUGAUAAAAAAGAUGAACAAGGAUGCAUUCAUGAAAAAUGCAGCUCAUCUGAAUUUACCUGUGAGAAUGGCCAAUGCAUAUCGUAUUCUCUGCAUUGUGAUGGGAACCGAGACUGCCUGGACCAUUCAGAUGAAGCAGGCUGUCCUGUUGCCUGGUCCCUGCCGUGCCCUGCAGGGGAGAUGAAGUGCCCCAGGAGUGGAGAAUGUGUGCUGGCAGAGUGGAUAUGUGACCAUGACUUAGACUGCAAAGAUGGAAGCGAUGAGAAGGACUGUGACCCUAAGGAGCUUCGCUGUGGCUCCAGGCAGUGGUCCUGUGCCAGUGGGGACCAGUGUGUGCCUGACUCGUGGCACUGUGAUGGGCAGCGUGACUGCAGGGAUGGCAGUGACGAAGCCGGAUGUCCCCCCACGAGGUGCCAGAGUUCUGAGUUCCAGUGCCGCUCCUACGGCUGCCUCAACUUCAGCCUCGUGUGCAACGGGAAGGAAGACUGCGCCGAUGGUUCUGAUGAGGGUGGAAGGUGCUCGUCGUCAGCAUGUCGCCACGCGCAGUGUUCGCACACCUGCUACCGGUCCCCACACGGGCCUGUAUGUGCUUGUGAGCAAGGAUUUGAGCUGAAGAGUGGCGGUCAAAUCUGCAAGGAUGUGGAUGAGUGCCAGAAGCUGGGCCGUCGGCCUUGCAGUCAGACCUGUAUCAAUACUGAGGGCUCCUAUAGCUGUACCUGUCAUCCUGGCUACUCGCUAGAGCCUGAUGGCCAUACCUGUAAAGCAACAGGUACUGAACCAAUCCUGCUUGUGGCAAUUCAGUUUAACCUACUUCUCUAUGGAUUGCGGAGCUUGAAAGAAGAUAUUCUGGCAACCACAGACAAGAACCUGAUUAUUUCCUCUAUGGACUAUGACUUAGUGGAUCAGAAAGUCUUCUGGACAGACCUGGGUGCAGAAAGUAUUAAGUGGAUAAGCAUGGACACACAGAAGAAAGGGACUGUGGUCAAAGGAAUAAAGCCAGACUGUAUAGUGGUAGACUGGAUUGGAAGGAAUCUCUACUGGACGGAUGGGACAGCUGGCCAGAUUUUGGCGAUUCCGCUGACUGCUGUUUGGAGAGGAAAAUCUGAGUACACAAUUGUCCUAGAUGAUGACCUGAAUCAACCACUGUCUUUGGCUUUAGAUCCUCUAAGUGGGUUAAUGUACUGGUCUGAAAUUGGAGGAGAACCUCACAUAGAACAAGCUGGAAUGGAUGGUAGCAGCAGAAAAAUUCUCAUCAAUCAAGGUCUUGGCAGGCCAACUAGCAUUGUUCUUGACCAGUUGAGUUGGAAGAUAUUCUGGUCUGAUGACAAAUUUCACUGUAUUGGUUCUGCUAACCUUGAUGGAACUGGUAUUAGCACGUUGCAGCUAACACAGAUCAAGAGUCCCUUUUCGGUUGCUGUAUUGGAAGACGAAGUCUUCUGGUCUGAAAUGAAGACAAGAACAGUACAGCGUAUGGAGAAGAUGACAGGCAAGAACAGGGUUGUCCUCCUCAAGCGUUUGGAACAGCCUUAUGGACUCAAGAUAAUGCACGAAGUGCUACAGCCCAGGUCUUCUAAUCCUUGUCUGGACACUGGAUGUUCUCACUUGUGCCUUCUGAGUCCACGAUCCAAGGGCAGCUGUCACUGCCCGAUUGGACUCCUGCUUGCCGAUGAUGGGCUCAGCUGUGUUCCUGUCAAGGAGUCUGCGUUUCUGUUCCUUGUGCUGCCCACAGUUGUCAUACAGAUUUAUCUGAAAAAUCUAGAAGCUUUACUAGGACAAGCAACUUUACCAGAACAUAGGAUACUUCCCUUUACCAAUGUGAACCAGCUGGCAUCAGUGGACUACCUUGUCCAGGAGAAGGUGCUCUACCUUUCAGAAUUGGAUCGUGGUGAUAUUAGGCUACUAAGACUCAAAGAAUCCGGGAAGCUGUCUUGGAAGAAACUCUUAUCUGUGGAGGGGACAGUAAUCGACCUUGCUGUGGACUGGUUGAGUGGAAACAUAUAUUGGAUUGACAGUGCAAAUCCUCACAUCAACAUAGCUUCCUCAAAAGGCCAGUAUUCCACUGUCUUGUUCAGUGAAAACCUUUACCGCCCAGCCUCUGUCGUGCUCCAUCUACCUACUGCAAUCAUGUGCUUUGUGGAUCUGGGUUCCCAGGAUGAUGGGAGGCGUGGUUCCAGCAUUGAAUGUGCCUCCAUGGAUGGCAGCAGGAGGAAGGUACUGUGGCAGAAAUCCCAGGUCCCCGUGGGCCUGACCUUUUCGGACUCAGGGACCCGAGUGUACUGGGCUGAUACUGGGAGAGGACUCAUAGAAAGUAUUCAACAAGAUGGCACUAGAUACAGAGUGGAUCGCACAGGAAUUCAGGGCCUUAACCUCUUUACAUAUGGCCAAGGCAUGAUGUUCUGGACAACGAUUGAUGAUGCCGAAGUCACUAAAGUUUGGUACAGCAAGGCAGAACUUUCAGAAAACCGGUGGUUCCAAGUAGAUCAGAAGAUUGUAGAUUUAAAAGUUUACAGUAAACUUCGUCAACAGGGUACUAACAGCUGCUCAGAAAACAAUGGAGGAUGUAGCCAUAUUUGUUUACCCAAACCUGAAGGACAGACUUGUAAAUGUUCCAGUGGGUACUACUUGGAUGACACAAACAAAUGUAUUGAAGCUGUCCGAUGCUCUGCGCCAUCACAAUCCUGUAAGGAUGGUCAGAAAUGCAUUUCCACGGAACAAGUGUGUGAUGGUCGUGCUGACUGUCUGGAUGGAUCUGACGAAAUGGGCUGUACCUAUCCAGAUAAAAUACAUUCAAUACCAACAUCUGAAAAGGCAGAGGCUGGAAAAAGGGUGACUCCAAAAGCUGUCCCACCUCUCCAGGCUACCAAGUCCACCAAUGCUAGAUAUCUGGGUCCAGAAGGGAUGAAUUAUCCUGUCAGAAAAACACUCAUCCCUUCGAUUCUUGCUAGAGGAAGCAAGACCUCAGAAACCAAGGAAAGUGGGGAGUCUGUUCAGCCCAAGGACUUACAGAGGACAAAACAUCUGCCCUGUAGCAGCGAUUUCUGUAAUAGGAGGGGAAUCUGUACAAUGGAAGGAGAGCUGAGAAAAUGCAGCUGUUUGAUGGAAUAUGGUGGAGAGUUCUGCGAAGAGGAAGUGCAUGGACCUGCCCCUGGCCAUGUCGCCCUCAGUUUAACCAUUGCUUUGUCAGUUGUUCUGGUAACUCUGGGAGCAUUUGUAUAUUUCAGAAGAGAACAUGAAUUAAAAAGAAAUAGUACAGCAUCAUCAAGAAAUUCAACCAGCCAUAAAGAAAACGACGCAGAAGAGAGUCUGCUGAACAGUGAGACUUUUGUCAAUGAAGCCUAUGAGGAGCAGGAAUUGUUAACCUCUUUGCAAACUGACUAACCUGAUAAAAGAGGAGCUGAAACAUCUCCAUAACAAUUGUUUAUACAUUUCAUUGUAUACUGUUUUAAUUUCUGGAACCGUUUGUGGUAAAGGGUAACUUUCUAUUAAAAUCACUGCUUUUAAGAUUGGAGGAGGUCAUCUGGUUUUGUUAGUGUUAAAAAACUGACCAUUCAUAGGCAGGGUCAGAUUUCAGUACAGUCUCCAUGUACCUUAGGUUAUGGCUUAUCCACAGAAGCUUUCUAAUCCUGAUACUGGCCCAGAACUAGUUGGGAGUUCUGGAUUUGAAUCUUGGCUCUGACACUAACUUUGAACUAGAGUUAUCUCUCUGAACCUGUUUUCCCAUUUUACAAAUGGGAAUAAUCUCUCUUGAAUUUUUACCUUUUAGGGUAAAGGUCAAGUUUCUGCAGUGUAGUAAAUGCUCAAGUGUUGUUAGUUCCCUACUGCUCUCUCUCAGUUACAUUUUAUUGCAAAACUAGUACUUAAUUUUUCUGAAAAUUUGUAAAAUCAGUACUUUUCUUAUGCUCUCAUUUGAUUCCAAAACUAAACAUAUGUGAAUCUGCUUUACAAAUAUAGAAACUCAGACAAAUGAUUUGUCUAACUUCUUUGAAGUAAAUUGGGUGGAUAUUGUGGGCAGCAAAUACAGAGCUACAAGGGUGGACCAGGACUCAUCUCAAUUAGCUCUCGCUUGCUGGGGAGAUACGCAGAUGCUACAUCGAUCCCAAAGCCCCUUUGACUGCUAGUACCUCUGCUUGUCUUCCUGGAUCCACUUUAUUCGCACCCACAUAAGGAAUCAAGUGCAUUGAAUCUGUGGUGGAAGACAGGUAACAAAGCAAGACUAGGGUAUAAAAUUUGAUAAUGGCAAACUUGGGCAAAUCGCCUAAUUAUUAAAUUGUUUCCCCAGGAUAAAAAUGGGAUUAAAAGAACCUACAUCAGGUUAAUUGGGCAUUGACUGAAAACAUGAAAAUGCCUGUAUGCUUAGCCUAGUACCUGAGUCGCAUGAUAACAUGAGCCCCAAUUAAAAUAAACACAACUUGACUUCGAAGACUUUUCUUGCUUGGAUCUUUUCUAGACUAUUUAGUUUCUUGCAGAAUGAGUUUGUAUGGACUUCCAAGCAUAAAGAGAAGUCCUAGGCUUAUUAUUGUGGGUAUAGUACAUAAAGUAAACUGUGCUUUGCAAUCAAGUAUAAAAAUUCACAAGUACAGAUCAACUUGACCUGAAGAACAAAAUCUGGGGGCUCUGCCUUUCCUCAGGCUGAGAGAUGCAGCAAUAUCAUUAAGUUGCAUUAAGGAGUCAGCUGUAUUUGAGGAACCAUUCAGCACCAGAGUACCCUGGACCCCUCUCAUCCACAGGGUGAAUCUUAGGUUUCUCUUGCUACCCUCUCCCAAGAGCCAUCCUCACUGCCAAGUUUGCCCUUGGCAAACCUCUGCCUCUAUCUGUGCAGGAGUGCAAGAAAAUAACAAAAUGAUCAGGCCCAAAUGCAUGUACCAAUGAUGUACAACACUAUUACCAUUUUCUCUGGACACGCUUAAGCAGCUGCCUUCAUCUCCCUCAAACCUUAAGCCUCGACCGGACUUCCUGGGCUUUCGUUCUGGAUAGCUCACUAGCUCAGCCUACUUCCACAGGUGCUGGUUUUAAUAUGUCAACUUCAUAACCUUGUCUAUUUGGAGCAAUGGCAUGUUUUCCACCAUAACAGCCUUCCAUUGUGAUAAUCUCUAUAUAAGGUGUUAAUUUCUUACUU